AUGAGCCCAGUUGAAUCCCCCAUUACGCAAGUGUCAUCGACAACACAACCAGCUCUAUCCAACACGCAUUCCGAAGAGGAGCAUUCAGGCACUGCAUCAGAUGACGAGAGACAACAACAACAAGGAUUGCCACCAGUAUUGACACUUGAACUUCGUGGGGAGCAAAUACAAAUCAGCCGUGAGACCCUGGUAGCCUUUCCCGAGAGUAUUUUGAUUGCCAUGUUUCCAAAUGGUCUCGUAUUGAACGGGGGCGAGCAAGCUCAAGUUGACUUUGAUCCAGCGUGUGUUCGAAUGAUGCUUGAUUUCUUUGUACAAGCACGCACAACGCAUGCAGCACAUUUUUCGGAGGAAGCUUAUUUGGCAGAGACGGCUUUGGAUAAUAGAAACAUCGCCAGCGCACCACAACAUCAUCCCCUGUUUACAAAACCAGUGGUCAUUGUUCUACGAGAAGAGCUUGAUUAUUACAUCUUACCUGCUCAGCAGCACGCAAAGCCUUCAACAAGCAUCAUGGCUAGUCUCAAAACAGCAGGUGGUCAUUAUCUACAACAACAAAAUCAAGUAUUUGAGGCGCUGUUACGCAAUAUCAGCAAGGAAAACAACAUGGCUGAACAACACCUUGUGGACAUUUUGUGUAAAGCUGGUUUUUCACUUGAGGAUACUUGGAAUUAUCGUGCUUUGGAGCCCAAAAGAACGUGUAUCAGUAGCUUGUCUCUUGUACAUCUUGAAACCAGUGGACCCCAACGACGCAUGGCAACGGCACAAAAAUUGAUGAUGUUUUAUGGCAAACCAGCAAGAAAAUGUUGGUGGGAUCAUACAUGUGUCGAAUUGAUGGAUAUGCAGGUGCGACUGUGGGCACGACGAACAUGGACCUUGGAAUUGGCACUCGUGUGA